AUGAAGCGCAAAAGCGAGGACAUUCACGCCUCGUUUGCGAAGAAUGAUUUACCACAGAUUCCGAAACGCGGCGGAGAAGCAGCAGUUGACGUUGACGUUGAAGGAGGCAAAAUAAUGCCUUUUAUCACGACGACAGAAAAGAAGACGACCGAGGAAGAGAACGCGACUCCGACGAAACGAAGAAAGAGCAAACAAUCGACGGACUUCUUCAACGAGUUACCGUCGUUGAUGGGUUUGGAAACGCUCCCAACGAUUUCCAGACAGAACUCCUUCAGCAUUUAUAACAACGGUGGAGACAUCACUCGAGUUUUAUCGAGUAACAAUUUAUUCGCUGCGGAGGAAGACGUCCCGCCUGCAUCCUUAGGCGCGGUCCCUCCUCUACGAUCUGUGUUGAAAGAAGAAGAAGAAGAAGAAGAGGGAAACGCCAUAUACAACGCCGAUAACAUCGUUAAUACCACGCAUGCAAACAACGAGGUAGCGAAUACUUCCAACGCCGCGAACGCCAACAAUACUUUAUGGGAGUCACUAGACUUGCCGAUGCCGCCGAUGCACCCGACGCCAAUGACGAACAACAACUACAGCGCGCACGAACAAGAGAUUAUUCUCGGCUCCAAAUCAUUCACGUUAGGAACACCAUAUGCGACACAGAACGAAUUAAUGCGAAUGAAUGUAAAUAAGAACGACAAGAACAAUACCAAGAAUACCGGCAACAAAAAGGCGAAGGUGACUGCCGGAAAAAAUGCUGCAGGCGGUAAGCAAGCACCGUCGAAAGCUCAACAACAAAAGAAUCGUCGACAAACCGUCAAGGCGAAGAAGGAUGCGAUAUUGGCGGUUGAUAAAAUCAUGGCGGAUAACGCUAAAAACCUCAGCCCACCGCGGAACUUGCUCAACAACGACGCCAGAUUGCGAACGACUGAAGUUCAGGAAGCAAAUGGGCAGUACCAAUACUUCCACGCGCAACAAGAACAAACCAUGCAGAAAAGAAACGAGAGAAUGACGACUAUGGCGACACUCACGACGCCAUCAGAUGAAGAAAAUGCGAAUCCGCCCUCUAACGGCUCGCGCGAAGACGAAAAUAAUAAGAAAAGCGACAACAACAAUCGAAGCAGCGAUAACAACAGCAACGAGACGAGUUUGGUAAAAGAAGUAGGAAACAGCGCUGAUGGCGCGACGAAUAACGACGACAAGAACAACAAAAAGAACAAAAGUAUUCAACAACAACAACAACAUCAUCAUCAUCAUCAACAACAGCAAAGAAAUUCUCAAGCAGAAUUAAUGCUCUUGGAAGAGUUUCAAACCGUCGUUCGCAAUUUAUAUUCCGUCACUCGCGAGAAUAUCAAAAACUCGCUGUAUCGAUUGGCGGAAGAGGCGAAGAAUAGAGCAGCCGGGGCGACCAUCCUUAAACAGAAAGACCACGUCAUGGUUGAUCAGUCCGUGGUCAAUCUUCUCUAUCAACGAUAUUAG